GUUGCUAUGAACGCUGGGAAUAAUAACUUUUCGUUUGAUUAUCGCUGACUGACGGAUUUUGUGCUUUCUACAAUUUUGCUCUUUCUUAGGUAGUGUGAAACACGAGAGUGUUGUUGAUAUAUUAGCUCAUCUCAGGCUACAGCACAGAAAUUUGGUCACACCUUGGAAACAGAGCUGAAGGUCUUUUUGAGUCCAGCUUUCCUCUCAUACCAGUCAGGAAGUGAAAGCCUUGCCUUUAUUGGAUAUGGGUAUAUUUGAUUUCUUUUCAAAUCUGUUUGGUUCUAACAAAAAACAAGCACAGGUGUUAUGCAUUGGUCUUGACAACAGUGGCAAAACAACCAUCAUCAACCAGUUGAAACCAAAGGAUGCUCAAGCUGAAGACAUAGUCCCUACAAUAGGAUUUACUGUUGAGAAGUUCCGCUCGUUGUCAGUUAACUUUACGGUAUUUGACAUGUCUGGGCAGGGCAAGUACAGAAAUCUGUGGGAACAUUACUACAAAGAUGCUCAGGCCAUCAUAUUUGUAGUAGAUAGCAGUGAUAAACUUAGAAUGGUGGUAGCAAAAGAGGAGCUUGAGAUACUCUUAAGCCAUCAAGCUAUCUCAUCACGUUGCAUCCCGGUGCUGUUCUUCGCAAACAAGAUGGACCAGCGUGAUGCGGUUUCUUCCGUGAAAUGCUCCAAUAUAUUGGAUCUGGAUAAGAUUAAGGAUAAGCCGUGGCAUAUCUGUGCCAGUAAUGCAUUGACUGGCGAGGGGCUUCAUGAAGGGAUCCAGUGGUUAACAGAUCAACUUGGAACUCAACGGCGGUGAACGUGCAAGCAAUAGCUCUUGAAAAUAAUGGAUCAUUCCAGACAUUAUCUAAAGCCAAGUACUGUACACAUUUGGUGUGGUUACACAUGACAGAAUAAUUCCACAAUAUAUUAUAAGCUUUUUAUUUCUUGUACAUCUCACACUACAUAACAACAAAACUCAUAAUUUGUUUUUAAUUGAUGCUCCUUCAUUUAACUUAUUUGUGGAGAUUUAUAACAGCGUAUACAUUUUGAAUGAUUCAUAGAUUUAACGGUCUAAGGUUCAUUUGAUUUACAUUUCCAUUCAGACUUAAAAUAUUAAGUGUUUUGAGAGCUUCUAGAAGCCCUAGGCCACUCGCGGGACUCGCCACAUCCAGCUCUAAGGCGAUCUCUGUUGAUUUAGAGGUACACAUUGAGCGUAAAUACUGUCAUAAUAAUUUUGCAAUUUCUGUAUGAAAUAUUAAAACUAUUGGACAAACUUAAAUUGCUGAAUUGUAGAAAAAGAUGUUUCUUUUGACUACGAUGGCCAAUGAGUCAGAAGAACAUUUGUAUGUCUAGGGCUAGGCUUGUGUUCAUGCAACUAGGCUAUACAAACAUGUUCAAAUUUUCCAUCAGUUUGUUUCACUCUGUUCCAAAUCUAACAGGUCAAAAUUCUGAUGUUUAUUAAAUAUUUACCAAGGCUUUUUGAUAGGUUAUUUUGACGAUAAAUUUAGAAAUAUAUAUGUUUGAGGAGUUUUAGAACUGUCGAAAUUUAUUCGAGCGGAGCUUGUUAUUGUGCAAAAAAACUGCCGUCUAGCAGUUUGUUUUGAUGCUAUACCCACUAUAACCUUUUUGUUUUGGUGACUAAUUUAAAAGUCUAUUAAAAGAUUAUUUUUGGGAAUGAAGUUUGAUGGUCUUGAAAAGCUUUAGUCUUUAAUUAGAAAAAUAAAAGAUAUAUGUUCAUCUAGGGCCACAGAAAAGUGGUUUUUAAGUACAGGGAGACCUGUAAUUCGAAUAUGAAUAAUGAAUUAGUAUAUUUUUUCAAGAAGGUUGUAGAUAAGAACAUGUUGAUGUACCCUUAAAGAAUGCAGUAAUAUAAUUCAACGAUCAAAUUGGUGUUACUAAGAAAUUUUAAAGCAGUAGAGAUUUCAUGAUUUAUGAAGAUUGUUUUUUACAAUUAAUUUCUAAAAAUGUACUUAAUAUGCAUAAAUCUUAAAUUUGCAAUAAUAUGGACUAUAUUAAGAUAUUUUAAAAACUGAAUAAAGAAAAAGUAAUAGGUAAUAACUCUUUAAAUUCACGAAGGCCUAGUUCAGACCAGGUGGAUAAACCCGGCUCAACUCACUGGGUUUAUCCACAUGCCAGUCUGGACUAGGUGGCUAUCUCAAGCCGGGCUGUGUUCCUAUAGUAACUAGGCCUGGCGUGCCACCGUGUUUAACUUUUCUAAGCCGGGCUUUAAUCGCUGCGGGGGGUCUUGUAUUUUAUAAUACAUUGUGUAUAUUUUGGCGUGAUAAAUCUUCUCUGAUUGGCCAAUUUACGAGAUGGCUAUUCCAAAGAAUGAAUUAUUUAUCAAUAGCCAAUCAGAGAAUUGCAGAUUUACUGAUGAAUAACUUUAAUCGCUACGGGGGGGGUCUUGCAUUGACUUCCAGUAAAAAAAUGACCAAUCAGCAUUCAAUUACGUACGCUGUGAGCGAGCGUACGUUUCGAGCCCAAUGUUUCCAAACUCGUUUCUUGGUUACAGUUCAUUAUGCUAAUUCUCGCGCCUGGCUAAUCCCGCUAGUCUGAACGCCCGGCAAAGCUAAGCCGGGCUUAACGUUGAGCCGGGCUUAACUCAAGCCUGGCUUAUCUCCAAAUCUGAACUUGCCUGAAUGUUUAUACAUAGAUUCAGUGGCAUUCACUCCCCCACCCCCCUGAGUCACAAGAAAAAGUAGUGAACCUCAGCCACACAGCUAUUGUCCAUGUGUCAUAUCUAAUGAUGUUAAAAACAAAAUUGAUUUUGUUGAUAAAUAAUCACCUUGAGACAAUGAGGUUUAAAUCCUUAUGAUAACGAGAUUUCAGCUCGUUUUUAAUAUUUGUUUCGUACAUUGCUGACGAUCUUGCCUAGGCCCUAAGCUCCUACAACUGUUUGGCUUGAGAUAGUACUUAAUAUCUUGAUUUUUCCUGUUUUACGACGGGCAGUUAAUGAUCUUAUGUUAAUCAUGAUCUUAGAUUGGUCUGAACUGUAAUUUGGUAAUAUGUUUAAGAUAUUCAACAUAGUAUCGACACUUUUAUUAUUAUUAUUAUUAUUAUUAUUAUUAUUAUUAUUAUUGUUAUUAUUAUUAUUAUUAUUAUUGUUAUUGUUAUUAUUAAGCUGUAUUUUAAUGUUUAUAUCACCUUGCUGAAUAAAUAAGUGUUUAUAAAUUUAUCCUUGCGGGCACAAUUCCAGAUGGUUUAAUUAUUUACUUAUAGUAAACCCAGUAUCUAUGUAAUUUUUUAAAAUUAUAUUGUAUAAAUGAUAUUGAUAUUAUUAUAUGUUUAUAGUUCAUAUAGUUUCUCCUUAUUUUAUAUUACAUUGUGUAUAUUUUCGCGUGAUAGAGCUUCUCUGAUUGGCCAACUUACGAGAUGGCUAUUCCAAUGAAUGAAUUAUUUAUCAAUAGCCAAUCAGAGAAUUGCAGGUUUACUGAUGAAUAACAUGCCUUUAUAAGAUGUUUAAAGUCAUGUUGAAGACUGAUAUUUUUGAUAAGUUGAUUUACAGUAUUUUUUAAAUGAUUAAAUUUGCUGUGAAGAUUCAUUUAUUUUGAAAAGAUAACAAAAUAUGAAAAGAGGGGUAUAGAGUCCUUCAGUUAGGUUGAGAGAAAUCUGGCAAGAGGCAUUAUUAUACUGAAGCAAACUACAGUAAAUCAUUUUAAUGUUGUGUCGCCUGGGCUUCAGUUUUUUAAACUAGGCAUCAAAAUCACCUUGAUUAAGCACUCUGCUGAUUUAUGAACCGUGUGUACACCAGUGACUGGUUGGUGAGGGGUGCUGGAGCCCAGUCGGCCGACACCACGACGAGGUCAUCAGACUAAAUGAAAUAAUCUGCCUAAUAUAUCAACAUUAUUUUCAUUGCAAAAUCCCUAAUAUUGUGGUCUAAAAGCACAGCCAUAAGAAUUUGUGAAUCCUACCAGAGAUUUUUUUUCCCGUUACCCUGACUGAGGCUUGAAUCCCCGGUCAGACAUGUAGGGCCCCGGCCAGCACAUUUCUUGAACCACCACUGGUGUACACAACAUUCUGAUCUGCAGUACAGAAAUUUCUUAACACCUUGUACAGCUAGUAACCAAGUUUUUGAAACCAUGAUGUAGGAGUAUUAUCAUUUAUCAGAAUGAAAAGUAGUUUGAAUAAACAGAAACAAAACAGAA